AUGCCGCUCUGCUGCGCCGCCGAUAGCCCCUCUUCCGAGCCGGCGCGUGGCGGCGAGCCGCGGCCAGUAUCGCUGGUGCGGUGGAGGCGGCAGCUUGCAUCGGCCGACAGCGGCCCUACUGCCGAUCCAGCGCCUGGCGUUUGGGGCGAGCCGCGGUCGUCGUCGCUGGUGGUAUAUGGCGGCGGCGGCGGCGGCUCGCCCUUCCCUCCGGCCGCAAUUCCGAUCCCGCCGCGCUCGCGGGAGGUGGCGCGCAUACACCUCACGCCCUUUCUCCUCAACGGCUAUCCGUGCUUGCUGUGCCCCUGCGUGGUGUGUUUCAAGUUCUUACAACCGAAGGUGAUAGAGGGCAAAAAGAUCGAUUGCGCUCUUGGGAUAUCCACCUCGAGAACCUCGAGAGGUGGCGCGCCCCAGCUCUUCACAACGAACCUGGUUGUCCCAGCUGUCGUCGGCGAGGGGCUCAACUCACUCGACACAAUGCGCUGGGCGCUCGCCUCGUCGCUGCUCAUCUCCUGCUCCUCGACGCCCGAGGCGGAGCCGACCCUUCUCGAGGCCUUUUCCGAGUUUGCGUCGUGCGAGGGCGCCGAGGCGGCGGCGCUGCUCGCGGCCCGCCGCGACUUCUUCCACGCCUACCCGACGGAGACCGCCGUGCGCGCGCUGCCACAGCACGUUGCUCGCAACGAGCAGGGUUGA